AUGGAUAAGGCGCUGAGGAUGGAGCAAGAGGCGGCAAGCCUCCGGCGAAUAGCAUUUGCCGGUGUGGCCUUGUCCACCACUGCAUCUCUGAUUUGUAUUAUUUCGGUUCCACUUUUUUACAAUUAUUUGCAACGCGUCCAAUCCAAUAUGCAGCAAGAAGUAGAUUUUUGCAAACAAAGAUCCGGAAAUAUUUGGAAGGAAUCCAAUAUGCAGCAAGAAGUAGAUUUUUGCAAACAAAGGUCCGGAAAUAUUUGGAAGGAAGUAUCCAGGACACAGGUUUUUUCUGAAAUUCUUUAA